AUGAGGCAACGAAUUCUUUUGGUUCUCUUCGUCGGUGUUUGCAUUCUGCACUUUUCUCUCGGGGAAAGGGGAGACCAGAAGCAGACGAUCCAGAAGAAAGAUGAAGUCAAGAAGGGUCAGCAAAUUUCCAAGAAGAUGGAGGAAGGAGUCAAAGGAAAUAAGAAAGGUCCAACUUCGCACGACAACGAGAUAAAUAAACGUAAAUGGAAACCCAAACAAGACGAUGGACAGGAAAACGACGAUAAAAAGAAUGGAAGAAUCAAGGAUGGACCAAAAGUUGGAAAGAAACCGAACAAAGCAUUGAAGAAAGGCAAAGUGUCCGCAGAACAAACGCAAUGCACAAAAGAGGGAGGGAAGUGCAAAAAGAAAUGUAAACAGCAGAACAGAAUUGACGUCACAUGUCAAGACGGAAACAUCUGCUGUCUUCCUAAAUUCAGGUUCCUCGUAAAAUAUGUAGAUGUAGAUGUAGAUUCUUUAAAGAUGCAGUCAAAACCCAAGCCCCGGAAUUCCAAGGGCGCGAAGGCAUACUCAAAGGGCAAGCAGGGGAAGACCGGAGGCUUGAAGGCAUCGGAUAAGGGCGUGGACGAAAAGAUCUUCUGCAAGAAAUCGGUGACCCUUUGCAAGACGAACAAUGGACUGUGCCUCGAGAUCGGGUCCAAGUGCAAGUACACCUUUUUGCCCAUUCACCAUCAAAAGACCUGUAUUGGAAAGCCUUGCAGUUGUUGUGUGGAAGAACCGAUGUGCGCCCCCACCUCCUACUGCUCGGCCGAGGGCGGCUACUGCAGCGACUACUGCGGCGACGGCGACCGCGUCCUCGAGGGCAAGUGCGGCGAGGCGAAGUGCAAGUGCUGCGCCCCGCCCUGCAAGACGCAGAGCUCGUGCUUCCAGAAGGGCGGCUACUGCGUCACCAGCGAGACCUUCUGCGCGGGCACUCUGACGCCGGAGUGCGUGGGCUCAGGCUGCAUGUGUUGCGUGAAUGCCCCUCCAUGCACGCCGCUGAGGAAGUGCUCGAAGGCGGACGGUCGCUGCACCAAAGAGAAAUGCUCGGCCGACGAAGAAGAAAUCGCGAGCGGGUGUUCGGGGUCCGGCUGCAGGUGUUGCGCGCCCAAGCCACCGCCCUGCGUCACGAAGGACAAGUGCAAGAAGUAUGGCGGCACGUGCGUGAAGCCUGCCGACUGCAAGCACUCCGACGCCACGUCCAAGGGCUGCAGCAAAGGAUGCGUGUGCUGCCAAGAGCCUGAAGGAAAGCACACGGGAUUGUUAGGAUACAAGCAGCUGCCAACACAGUCAACUGCAAACUCUCAGAACAGCAAGGAGCAAAGUAAAGCAAACAGCAUAAAGAUGUGCAGACAAUCUUACUCGGGGUUGUACGGCAAAGAGAACACCAUCUCCAACACCAUAUCUGUCAUGAAUGAGCUGGACGGGUUGUCAGACCUGAAGGAGCAUAGCAAAUCUAAAGAUACCUUACCCACAGAGAAAGCACCAGGACUAGAUAGAAUCCAACCAGGAGUUAAUGGGACCACUCCUUGA